AUGGACACUAUACUCAGCACUCCGAUAACUUGGUCCAUGAUUGAAGCGGAUCUCAAAAAAGCCCUAUCAACCUCUGCGAUUUUCGGGUCGGCCAAGAAAGCCGAAGCAUUUGGGAAGGGAUGCUCGUUCCUGUCCAAAACCGUCCUCCUUACAUUUGACUGGCAAGGUUGCGGUAGCCAAGAACUACCGGAAACAGCCCUCCUGAAAGUCUGCCAACGACAACCUCAGGAAGAGCGAGGAACCGACAUCUUUGACAGCAGUUUGCUAAACGACAACGAGUUGCUGCUAUACACGGAGACGGUCAAGGCAUUACCACCUAAUUUUCCGAUUCCACGAUACUACUGUGGACGGUUGUAUUCAAAGGAGUUGGAAGCCGGUUACGUGCUGAUCGAAUUCGUAGCCAACGCGUCACUUUGUCAUUUGGUGCACAACGUCCAGUUUGACGGCGUGCUCGAGGUGGUCGGCUGGUUGGCAGAGAUGGCGGUGUACAGCAUUAAAAACCCGGAAAAAUUGGCGCUGGCCAAGACGGUUGACGCAAAUGAUGAAUGUCUCAAGGAUUUUACAAGACUAGAGAUCUCGCUGGCUCGCUACGAUAAGAUGGAAGCCCAUUUCCCGGAUCUGAAAGAAGAUAUCGACUAUUUUCGCGUGAAAACCCGUGAGGUCCUUAAGGAUUUUGAUACGCUACAAACGUUGCGAGACAAGAUUUCUAACGUGAAGCUGAUUUGCCAUGGGGACCCGUGGCCGCCAAAUCUCUUAUGGAAACGUGGCGCAAACGGCAAUUUCCAUGUGUUCAAGUUUGUCGAUUGGCAGCUAUUCCAUAUCGGCACGCCCUGCUGGGACCUGACGCUGUUUUUGUUCGGCUGUAUGGCACCCGAGGAUUACGAUAGAAUUCCGGACGCGAUCCGGCAUUAUUACGAUUUGAUCACUGCGCGUGUGGGUUACAAAAAUCCAUGGGAUAAUGUUGAGCAGCUUUUGACGGAAUUCGAGAAAAUCUUUGCCUGGCUGAUACUCAUGCUCCUUCCGAUGAACGUCGGGAUGCUGGGGAGUUGCAUGGAAGCGCUUAACGAGGUCGACGAAGGCCGCAUCGCUGAAUACGGCCGCCUUCUUGACGCAAAAAUGCGACGCCUCAGUGAGGAGACCAAAAAAUAUUUGCUCAAAUGGUAU